CGAAAAGUCGCAGUUGCAAGCAACAAUUCCGCCGUACUCUAGGGCUUCAGGGCUGCCCAGCUCGAGUUCGCCGCAUCCUAGUGACGACGCUCGGACGUAAGGCGGUGCUCACACUCACUCAGCGCCGCCGCAUUCGAAGAGGACAGAAUAGCUUCAACUCUGGUGCGUCGCUGAUCAAGCGUGGAAAUAAGACAUUGUAUACUUCACAAGUCCUCUUCCUCAGUUUCUUUCUUCUGCGUGCUACAAAUACAUUUGAUCUUUCUGCCUUUUCUUCGCUUCGACAGUCAAGUCCUGUCGCCUUGCGAUUGCCAUCUCCAUCCCAUAUUUUCUUCCACAGACCGAUACGUACGCCACAUCAUGAAGUACUCAUUGGGCCUGAUUGGCCUCGCAGCCAUUGCUGCUGCCAGCGAUGUCGUUGAUUUGGGCAAGGACACCUUCGAAGACUUCACCAAGGAGAACAACUUGGUUCUCGCCGAGUUCUUCGCGCCUUGGUGUGGUCACUGCAAGGCUCUUGCGCCUGAGUACGAGGAGGCUGCCACUACCUUGAAAGAGAAGAACAUUGCACUCGCCAAGAUUGAUUGCACCGUCGAGCAGGACCUCUGCGCAUCAUACGGCGUUGAUGGCUACCCGACCCUCAAGGUCUUCCGCGGAGCCAGCACCCACUCACCGUACACUGGAGCUCGCAAGGCGCCUGCGAUUGUCGAUUUCAUGACCCGCCAGGCACGCCCUGCGGUCUCUCUCGUCACAUCGGAGUCGCAAUUGGAGGAGUUUAAGACUGCGGACAAGAUUGUCCUGGUCGGAUACUUCGCCGCGGAUGACAAGACUUCCAAUGCCACCUUCAAUGAGAUCGCAGAGGAGUACCGUGAUUCGUACGCUUUUGGCGCUACCUCAGAGGCGGCCCUCGCCAAGGCCGAGGGUGUUUCCCAGCCGUCCAUUGUUCUCUACAAGACCUUCGACGAGGGCAAGAACACUUUCACUGAGAAGUUUGACAAGGAGGCUAUCGUCGCAUUCGCCAAGACUGCCUCCACUCCCUUGAUCGGUGAAGUUGGCCCCGAGACAUACGCCACUUACAUGGGUGCUGGCAUUCCUCUCGCAUACAUCUUCUCCGAGAGCGCUGACGAGCGUGAGACCUUCGCUAAGACUUUGAAGCCUCUCGCUGAGUUGUACAAGGGCAAGAUCAACUUUGCCACCAUCGACGCCAAGGACUUCGGCCAACAUGCUGGUAACCUCAACCUUGAGGUUGGCAAGUGGCCUGCGUUCGCUAUCCAAGACCCCGUCAAGAACCUCAAGUUCCCCUUCACUGAGGCCGGUUCCGUGGCUGCACUCAGCGAGAAGGCUCUCGGCAAAUUCCUCAAGGACUUCGUUGCCGGCAAGGUUGAGCCCAGUAUCAAGAGCGAGGAGAUUCCCGAGAAGCAGGAGGGCGUGACCGUCGUCGUUGCCAAGUCUUACGAUGACCUCGUCAUCAACAAUGACAAGGAUGUCCUCCUCGAGUUCUACGCUCCUUGGUGUGGACACUGCAAGGCGCUCGCUCCCAAGUACGAGGAGCUUGCCGCCAUGUACGCCAGCCACGCCGACAAGGUCACCAUCGCCAAGGUCGAUGCCACCCUCAACGACGUCCCCGAUGAGAUCCAGGGCUUCCCCACCAUCAAGCUCUUCAAGGCUGGCGCCAAGUCCGAGCCGAUCACAUACUCCGGAGACCGAUCGAUCGAAGACCUCGCCAAGUUCAUCGCCGAGAACGGCUCGCACAAGAUCGCCGCCUCUGCAGCUGAUGCCGAGGCCGUCGAGACCGACGCCAUGCCCAGCCAGGCGCCCGCUGCUACCAAGAUCGCGGAGAAGGUUGCGAGCAAGGUCGCUGAGGCUGCGGCCGCCGUCAAGGAGGCUGUCAUCGACGAUGAGGGCAUGGACGACCAUGACGAGCUUUAAGUGUUCAAUUAGAAAUGUGACAGGGUAAAUGAGGAACAAUGCAUCUAGGACGGUGUCUAGUUGCCAUCGAUAAUGAUGAAUCGAAUGAGUUUACAAUGCAAA